CGAGGCUUCAUCGAACGUGGUGGUUCUCGUUGUCGUCGACGUCGUCUUCGAAACGCUUGCUCGUCGGCCUCUUUCCAUUUUUACAACCCGCGUCUAUCGUAAUUCUUCUCAGCCAUUUACGAGUACAGUGACAAUAUAACCAAGUAGAGUGACGAUAUAACCAAGUACAACGAACCGUGUCUUAUGUUAACGGAUACUUUUGUAUAAUGCCGAAUGCCGAUUGACUCGCUUGUGAAAAUGUGCUCGUUGAAAAUGUCGACAAGGGAGAAAUUUUUGCAGGCUGUUGCACGAUUUGCCGGAAACGGGAAUAGCGUGAAGAAUCAAAGGUGAUCCCAGUCGAGCAGCAGACUUCAUCGUUUCAAAUAUAAAUCGUCCUAGAGCUGGCGUGGCUAAGCAACAAGAUGGAGGGCCCGGAAAGGUACGAAGACGCAACUAUGUACAAACAACCAUCUUCUUGUAGUUUGCGAAAAUUGGGAGAUAUGGUACCAGCACGUGUAGUUCUCUAUAUACUAUCGUUUUCUGGAUUCCUCGUAUCCUUUAUGAUGCGGACCGACAUCAACAUUGCUAUGGUGGCCAUGGUGAGGUUACCGCCACCAUCUUCAUCGGAUACAAAAGUCGCAAUGACCACGCAUUGCUACGCAAUCCCAAAUGCAUCUCUCUCUGUGGAGAAUACUACGGCUAUUCGUCCCGAGGAAAUGGGCGAAUUCGACUGGAGUCCAGCGAUACAAUCUGCCAUACUCGGCUCAUUCUACUGGUGCUACAUAUUGUCCCAGGUGGUCGGCGGUGUACUUACACAAUAUUUUGGAACCAAAACCGUUUUUGGCGGUUCCCAACUAGUCACAGCAAUUUGCAGUUUGCUCAUGCCGAGCGCAGCUGAUCUUCAUUAUGGGGCAAUGAUAGCCUUGAGAAGUAUUCAAGGCAUAGCUAGUGGUUUAACCUGGCCGGCCAUGUACGCUAUCGUUGGACAUUGGAUUCCGCCGGUCGAACGAUCACGCUUUAUGUCUUCCUUCCAAGGGUUCAGCUUCGGCAUUGGUCUGACCUACCCACUGUGCGGCUUCCUGAUUGCCCACUUCGGAUGGCGGGUGGUCUUCUACACGACCGGAAGCAUCGGUGCCAUUUGGUGCAUUGUUUGGUACUUCUUAGCCUUCGAUACGCCUUCUACGCACCCGAGGAUAUCCCAGCAGGAGCUUCGUUAUAUUCAGGGCAGUUUGGGAAACCAGGUCGUUGGGGCCAGUGAGAGUAUGCCGGUACCAUGGAAAUCCAUACUGAGUUCCUGGCCGGCUUGGGCUAUUGGUAUCACCACCUUUGGUAGGAUUUGGGUUCAUUACGUCUUCAUCAUUCCUGGUCCCAUGUACAUGAAAACUGUACUCGGCUUCAGUAUUCAAGCUAAUGGCGUUCUUUCCGGUGCACCUUUCAUCUGCAGCUACCUGAGUUCCGUAGUUUUCUGUUAUGUGGCAGACGUACUUGUCACGAGGCAGAUACUCUCACUUACUAAUGUUCGCAAAAUAUUCACCGCCUUAUCGCAAGUCGUUCCUGGAAUUCUUGUACUCCUCAUCGGAUAUCUUGGCUGCAACAUUAUACUCGUCCUUAUCGUGUGGUUUGUCGCGGUGACCCUCAUAACAGCUGCCUACGCCGGAGCAAUGGCCAAUAUCGUUGACAUAGCACCUAAUUUUGCCGGACCAGUUCUUGCAUUUGCACAGACAAUCCACAUGACGGCCAGCUUCCUCUCGCCAAUAGCCGCAGGCUUGUUAACGCAAGAGAGCCAAACUCUUGACGCUUGGCGAAAGGUCUUCGGUGUAACGGCGUGCGUCGCAUGCGGAACGUACGUGGUUUAUCAAAUAUUUGGCACAGCCGAUAUCCAGGCCUGGAAUUAUCCUGAUCAAAAAUAUCCAGCAUCCGUUCAAGAAGACAUUCAGCCACUUAAUGACUCCCCACAGAGGAAUGGCAAAGUCGUCGCGUCACGAAGACUGAGUGGAUCUCAGCAAGCUUAGUGGCGGUCGAAUAGAAGAAAAAAACCUCAUAUAAGUUAAUGCACGCAGUUCAAAGUGAAAGAAGUGAUAUUGAAGUCAGAUUACGUGUAUUCUAAUGGUCGUGAAAGGUGAGAGACAGGGUGGGAGGCGGGAGGGGAGGAGCGCAAGAUAUAAAAAGUAUUUUUAUGAAGAAGGUAUCUCAGGAAUAUAGAUUUCUCGAAAGUGAUUUUUUUGUCUCUCGUAUAUCCCUUGAUUAUUACUGUUUUCUGUAAAAGGCACAAUAUGUGCAGCAUAACGCCCUGAAUUUGUUGAGUCGCGUUGAUCGCGAAUAUUGCUUCUUCUGGUUAUUAUGUUAUUUUUUUCUUUAUUUACACGAGAGCAUGAUUACACUAGUACGUAAAAAUAGAUCUCCCAGGUAUAAGGUUAAUCUUGAUCUACUAUUGUGUACGUUUAGAUCGGCAUGGUACUGUCGAAAGAGAUACUUCUCAUGUGCACGAUUAUCCUCAAUGUCGUUUCGAUGACGGUUUAAUGAUUCCAAGGAUCGUUUCUAUACGAUCCGAUAGCGACUAUUCGCGUUUACUUAAAUUCAUGACAUUAAAAUGAUUUAUUAAUCGACGACACAUACCUCUUCACUGAGAUUUAGGUCGUUGUGGAUUUCCACUAAACAAUUUUUUAGGGAACAACUUUUUCACUUAACAUUAAUCAAGUUCGAGCGUGACACCCUCAGUGUUUUCUGUCGCAGGCGCGAAAUUCGAACGUGAAAAUUGUCGCGUUUGCGUUGAUUCCUAAUGAAAAGGGCGAAAUGUCGAUACGCUUGUUUACCUUAAUCAAAUAUAAAUGAGAUACAAUAAACUGUAAAAACGGGUACGGCCGUUUAACCUAUCUCCUUUUCACAUGCUUACGGUCCACGUUGUAUUAAGUUCAACACGUGGUUUCAACUUUUCGUAUAACACAAGUCAAAACGGUAACAAGCGCAACUGUUGUCGCCAAGUUUUAAUUUACAUGUUACCACGUGCAGUCACCAACAGAUCAGUACAAAGUGCAGUUCUUUGAUACCUAUUUGUGUUUCUCGUUUCCGUCGUUCAGAGAAUGAUUUGCAAGCGUAAUGAAAUAUUGUUCGAUUAAGAUAUAUUUAUAUUAAUUGAACCCUAAUAGUUCAGACAGUAAUAUUAAUUCAUAUGUAGCAGGUUAUUUCUGAUCUGAACAGUUCGCAAACAUAUUUAUAUGUUGAUGAUGAUUCCGCUUAUAAGAUACCGCACAUUCAUCUCCGUGCUGUGUCGUUCAAGUAUUGUCAUUUUAAUUAUUUUUUUAUCACCGUUAAACGAUAAGUGUUAGUAUUGAACUUUUAAUAGAACUCGUUAGCGCACGACGUUGCAAAUUGAUGAAAUAUUUUCCAACUAAAUUGAAUUUGUAAUUGGUUAAAAUUGGAUGAUUCAGUUUUAUUUCUGUUGUAAUUUUAUGUAAAUUUAAUACAGAAGCUCAUCUCCUACAUCUGCAAACCUAUAUUGAUAUUACUCAAAUCCAUGCCUAGUGAAUUUAAAACAAAUUUCAAUGACAACUGUAACGUAAGAAUGUACUUAUACUUACAGAUACUUACUGUAGCAGAAAUGAAAUAUAAUAAUACUGUAUAAUUUUA